CGGCGUUUAACAAUUCCAACAGUUUCGCCUUCUCAAGCUGCCGCAUCGAUCAGUCAUGAAUUUAAAUCGUGUCAUUGCAUUAUUCGUCGUUGUUUUUGCCGUUUUUUGCUUCACGACAUCUAUGGCUGAUGCCGAACGAAAUAUUGGUGUUUGUAUUCGGAACUGUGCACAAUGCAGGAAGAUGUUUGGCUCAUUCUUCAUCGGCGAAAAGUGUGCUGACUUUUGUUUAAAAUACAAGGGCAAACUAAUUCCGGACUGCGAAGACGAGUUUUCAAUUCGUCCCUUUUUGCAGGUGCCCGAGAACGAUUAUUAAUCUACAGAAUAAAUCAAACUUCUUCCACUCUUUCUCAUCUUUACGUCAUUAUAAUAAUAAACUUCGUAAUUGCGCAU